AUGGAUGAUGAUUCUCCGACCAUCGAAGAAACAACAAUGGAUCAAGACUCUAGCAAUUCUACUAUCCAGGACUAUGCCAGUGCUUCUGAGGAAAAUACCAUGGAACUGAUUACCGAGCCGCAAUCAUCAUCUCACUCCGCUGGGAGUGGCCGUAAACCCGCGAAAAUAUUAGAUGCCUUCAUUCCUUUCCACAAACUGACUGCUCCUACUUUGGUUACUAGCAAACCUGUACGUGAACACACUCCAGACUCUGACGAACUUAGCCCUAAGCCUAAAAAACCAAACACUAGCCGCACGAAUAAGCAUAAGAAUGGUAGGAAAAAAUCGUGAUUUAUUUGAUUUGUUUUCCUUAUUUUAUCACUGGACUUUCUAAUUCUUAAGAUCUCUGCCUUUAUUUGUCUCCUUGCCGCGUUUUAACUCCUUAAUUUAAAACAUUCAGAACGAAUCUUACUACUUAGAAUAUUCGAGGUUUUGGCGACGAUGCCAAACAGCGCGCUAUUUUUGACUUUGCAAAAAAUCACACACUGAUUUUGUCUGCUUGCAAGAAACUUUAGUGAGCGAUUCUCUGAUUUCUGCUUUCCAUUCUAAAUGGAAAGGUCCUAGUUUUUGGUCUCCAGCCUUGGGUAAACAAGGCGGAACUGUUAUUCUAGUUCGCGAAAAUUCUUGUUUUGAAAUAAAAAAGUGGCAACGAGACUCUUCAGGCCGUAUUGUCAGUAUUUUGGCGAGUCUAGGUGAACUUAAUUUUAAUCUUGUUAUUAUCUACGCUCCUACAAAUUUAAUUGAACGGAAAUGGUUCUAUGAAAAUUUUCUAGACCAUGUAAACAUUACCAAUGAGACCGGUAUCUUUGUAAGUCUCGAUCAAGAGAAAGCUUUCGACCGUGUUGACCAUACUUUUCUACGUCGCACCUUAGAAUGUUUCGGUUUUGGUCCCAGUUUUUUACGGUGGAUUUCCACCCUAUAUCAUGGCGCGUCCAUGAAAAUUAUAGUUAAUGGUUUUUUAACCGAGAAGAUUUUUCUGAAGAGAGGAGUGAGUCAGGGUGACUCGCUGUCCCCCCUUCUCUAUAUUAUAUGUGCUGAAGUACUAGCACAGAGCAUUCGUAACCAUACUGGUAUUCAAGGUUUUCUCUUUCCUGGUGCUAACAUCUAUUUCAAGAUAAGACAAUAUGCAGACGAUUCUACUUGCUUUGUUAAGGACACCUGCUCAUUACAAAAUUUAUUUUACCUGUUACGGAAAUUCAAGAGAGGUACUGGUGCAAAACUUAAUUUGAGUAAGACCGAAGCCAUGUGGCUGGGUGCUUGGCGAUCUAGACCUGAUACCCCCCUGGGGUUAUCAAGGGUUACAAAAAUGAAAAUUUGUGGUGUCUGGUUUUCCAGUGGGUUAGUCAAUGUCGAUCCAGACAAUUGGCUACCUAGGAUUUCUAAGUUAGAGUCUAAUAUUAAUUUGUGGAAGUGUCGUUCCUUAUCCCUUGUUGGGAAAGUUCUUGUCAUUGAUAUCCUCGGAGCAAGUAAAUUUUGGUUCCUUGCUAAGGUUUUACCCACCCCGGAGUGGGUUAUUUCACGAGUUAAGAAACUUGUUUUUCCUUUUCUGUGGGGGUCUAAGAUAGAGGCCGUCAGUCGAAAGUCUCUAUCUGUUGCGACCCACAAAGGUGGCCUAGGCCUUAUUGAUUUUAUGUGUAAGAGCAAAGCCCUUUAGCUUUCAGCUCUAGUGAAUACCAUUGAUAACCCAGACACUAAAGAUUUUCUGUUAAUGAAAUAUUUUAUUGGUUCUCAACUAGCCAGAGUCAGGGUGGUCCACCAUCCUAGGUUACCCCCUAGUCUUCCUACUCAUUGGUCCCAUAUUCGUGAUUCUUUGACUGAAAAUUAUAAGAAUGAUUUAGCUUGGCUUAUUACUUUGAGAGCUGUAAAAGUGCGAGACUCCCUUAAAUCUUGGGGAUACUCCGACUCCUACCUCUGUGCCUCUUUUAAUCGCAAAGAAACUAUUGAUCAUUGUUUUCUGAACUGUUUUAGAGCUAAGAGGGUGUGGGCCACCUUAACCCCCAUCCUUUCUAGUCUCCUCCCACAGCCUUUUGUAGUGAAUUAUCAAUCUGUUUUCUUUUACUCACGGUUUAAUGCAAGUGAUAAGAACAAUGCAAUAGCACGCUACUUAGUUAAGACAGUCCUCUAUGCCCUCUGGCAUUUUCGUAAUAAAGCUACUUUUCAUAAUGGCAUUGAAGAUCACCGGGCCAUUAUUAGAUAUAUCUGUCAUGACAUUGCAACCCGAUUACUCGUAGAUUUUUCUAGACUUCCUGAGAGGAAAUUUUUCUUUUUGUGGUGUCAUGACUCCAUUUGUGAAGUUACUAGGCAAAAGUUAACAAUCAAGUUUUCUCUCUCAUGAACCCAACAGCAACCAAAUAUACUCACAUUUUUCUCUGUAAACCGAAAAGACAAUUUUUCAUGUUUUGUUCACCAGAAAUGACACCUUAUUGUAAACCGGAAGUAUAUAUUUGUAAACCGGAAAUGAAAUAAAAGAAAAGAAGAAGCCUACAACACGGGGUAUUCCCAGGCGGUCACCCAUCCAAGUACUAACCCCGCCCGGCAGGGCUUAACUUCGGUGAUCAGACGAGAACCGGUGUUCUCCCUGUGGUAUGGCCGUAGGUGAGAGAAAGAGAGAAAAUUUGACUUCUUAUACCGAGUAUGGUGAACAUGUAAGUGAGGCAUUACUUCAUGACCCUCCUCAGGCAACCCUGACCUACAAAACAGGCUGUGAAGUCUCCCUUUGUAGCUGUAAAUAAAUUUAUGCGGCCACUUACAUGGAGCUUGGUGGGCUAUAAAAACCCCUUAGGGCCUAGUUAUCGGUCCCAGUCUGCCUUGUUUUCGUGUUCCCUGUCCUCCUAUCGGUUAAUGGCUGAGCUGUUAGGGCCUGGGUACCGUGUAGACGCUAUUUGAUCCCUGUCUAUACACACUGUAGUGUCCUGAAGAGCUUGGCUGAGUAUCUGUGCUCGGACUGAGCCAAUGAUAUCUCCCUGUCCUUGCAUAGAGUGCCAGAUGCAUCAUGGGAUGCGACAGUAUUGCAACCACCAUAUCUAGGAUGGGGAAGUAGCCAACCACCCUAGGUCCGGAGGACCAAAAGGGGCAUCGCUUCUCGGCCUUUUAGCUAAGAUCAGUGUUACUGUUUCUUACGCCUUCAGGAUUGUAGUUUUCAAAGAGUUGUAGUGUUUUGUUUUUAAAAGGGCUUGCCGUCUCAAAAAUCUUUUCUCGUUUUUAAGCGAUUGUCGAGUGUUUCCUCGCGAGGAGCACGUGCAUACGAGUUUACGACAGCUAUUAAUGCUGGGAACGAGCCUUAUCCCAGCGCAGUUGUUGUUGAUCAUUCAAGUGAAGAUGUAGUCUCUGUUGAUCGCGGGGCUGAGGGCCCCGUUUUACCUGUUCGUUUCAACCAAAUUGUUGCUGGAGAAGUUGGGGGAGAUGUUGCAAGACCUGAAGAUGAGCACCGUUUACCUGGGAGACCGUUAACAGCCUUUUUUUCGCCGCAAGUCCGUUUGCUCUCGUGUGAUGUGUUGUCCGCCUUACAAAAAGCUGGCCUCGACGGGUCAAGUGUUACAUGUAUUCAACGUAAAGCCAGUGGCGAAAUUUUGUUACUCUUUCGAAAAGCUGACCUCAAAGAACGUUUUGUUUGUUUCAGUGUCCUCAAAGUCAACGGUGCUCCUUAUGCUAUUCAAGAUGGUGAUCACCCGCUCACGUUCGUACAAAUUUUUGACGCGCCACAUGAACUGCCCGACUCAGCGAUAAUUCAACGCGUCGCAGAUUACUGUAAAGUUGUCACCUACCGACGUAGUUUUUUUUGCGACCCUGGAUGGGAAAACGUUCAGGAUGGGAGCCGUCACUAUCAUGUUUGCAUGAAAAAGCCCAUUCCUAGCUAUAUGGGCUUUGGUAACACGUUUAUUCAGUUUCGUUAUGUUGGACAGCCUAAAACGUGCCGCCAUUGUCAUUCAGCUUCGCAUUUUGCCAACGCCUGUCAUACCAUCAUUUGCUUUAACUGCAAAAAAAGCGGACAUCUAGCUAGCGAUUGUCCUGCUCCCGUUGCCUGUAAUAUCUGAAAAGCCACAAACCAUCUGGCUCGGAAAUGUCCUUUUCCUUGUACCACCAUCUCUGAAAUUCGUCCUGUCAACGACGUAGACAACACGCGGCCUGUUCCUUCGACUAACACGCCUACGGACAACAAUGAUUCUUUGGCAAUUUCUCAGUUAUCUGUUGGACCCGACUACUCACCAGCUCGACCAAAUGGAAAAUGAUGCUACUAUUACUCUGGACGAACAUCAACCGACUAACGAAGAACUUUCUACCGCCUCUGAAGAUGAAGAUGAUGAUGAAAAUGUCCAGGAUUCUGCCGAACUUUUUGAACAGAGUACAGACAAUAUUUCAGCUACUCCCACACCUAACCCUGCUUUAUCUAAUGGCCGCAAACUCGCUAAGCACAUCGACAGUUCAGCAGCGACAAGGAUCGCUACUCAACCUCAACUCAUUACUGGCAAAGGACGUGAACUUUCAGACGAAUCCGACGAAAACACUACUCUAGCUAAACGCAAUCGUUCUGGGGUUCGGACAAACAAACACAAGAAACACUGUCCAAAGAAAUCUUAAUGGACCUGGUAUGUUUUGUUUUCUUUAAAUACUGUUAUUUGCCAGAGUUCUCUUUUUCCUUUUCCGUAUAAUUCAGACUAAAUUUAUCUACUUUAAAUGUCCGAGGUUUUGGUGCUGACAGUAAGGAGCAAUUUAUUUUUGACUUCGAUCAUAAUUCUCACGCUGAGUUUGUUUUUUUGCAAGAAACGCUUGCGUCAAAUCCUGAUGUGAUUAAAAAUUUGCGAUCUAAGUGGCGAGGCCCUUGUUUUUGGUCUCCUGCAGUUGGGAAACAGGGCGGUGUGGCCCUUUUCGUUAGAGAAAAUUCGUGUUUUGAGGUUAAACAGUGGAAAAAGAAUUCUCUGGCAGAAUUGUUCUCGCGUUAGCGACACUAAUCUGUGUGAAGGAAAGAUUUUUUUCGAUAGUCUCCGGCAUUUUUUCUUUCCUCAUUCUUUGAAAAUUAUUGGCGGUGAUUUUAAUUGUUUUGAAAGCGAAUUUGAUAAAUUUCAGGGGAAUAUUUGUAUCUCAAGCGAUCUACGUGAUUUCAGAACUUUGCAUCGUUGGAUUGACAUCUGA